GGAGUCGUGAGCGGUAGGGACAGGAGUAGAGUUCGGGCACUAGGAAGAGGGGGCGGUGACCAUUGCAGCAGUUUACUCUCCUAAUAAAAACUAAUACUCGAAUUACUUAUUAACAUUCCUUCUACAUCUUGUUUCACUUUACAACUAACAUUAAGAAGCAUUAUACUUCGCCUAAGUGUGAGUUGGCAGCAUGGCGCAGCCGGACACCAAGAAGUUCUUCGAGAAUCUCUCCGGCGCUGGGAAAUCCAUCGCAGUUCUGACAAGUGGAGGAGAUGCCCAAGGAAUGAAUGCAGCUGUGCGGGCUGUGGUUCGUAUGGGUAUCUAUGUAGGAGCUAAAGUCUACUUCAUUCAUGAGGGUUACCAGGGAAUGGUGGAUGGCGGUGAUAACAUUGAGGAGGCAUCCUGGGAAAGUGUGUCCAGCAUGUUACAAGUGGGUGGCACAGUGAUUGGCAGUGCCCGCUGCAAGGAGUUCCGCUGCCAUGAGGGGCGCCUGAAGGCAGCCCACCAUCUGGUGCAGCGUGGCAUCACCAACCUGUGUGUGAUUGGAGGAGACGGCAGUCUGACCGGGGCUAACCUCUUCAGGGAGGAGUGGAGCGGCCUAUUGGAGGAGCUGAUUCAGCAGGGAACGAUUGAUGAGGAAGCUGCCCAAACCCACUCUGAGCUGCACAUUGUGGGGAUGGUGGGCUCCAUCGAUAAUGACUUCUGUGGCACCGACAUGACCAUCGGGACAGACUCUGCCCUGCACAGAAUCAUUGAGGUGGUGGAUGCCAUCAUGACCACUGCACAGAGCCACCAGAGGACAUUUGUGCUGGAGGUCAUGGGCAGGCAUUGUGGGUACUUGGCUCUGGUGAGUGCUCUGGCGUGUGGGGCUGACUGGGUGCUGAUCCCUGAGAUGCCUCCUGGGGAUGGAUGGGAGGACCAGAUGUGCCAGAAACUGUCUGAGAAUCGUGCAGAUAAGAAAAGACUGAAUAUCAUAAUCGUAGCUGAGGGGGCGAUAGAUUCUUACAACAAGCCAAUAACUACCGACUAUAUCAAGGAUCUUGUUGUAAAGUGUCUGGGCUUCGAUACCCGAGUCACCAUCCUGGGCCAUGUCCAAAGAGGAGGAACCCCUUCUGCCUUUGACAGAAUCCUGGCCAGUCGUAUGGGCGUGGAGGCUGUCCUGGCCCUGCUGGAGGCCUCUCCCACCACCCCCGCCUGUGUGGUCUCUCUGUGUGGGAACCAAGCUGUUCGCCUGCCCCUCAUGGAGUGUGUUCAGAUGACCCAAGAAGUUCAGAAAGCCAUGGAUGAGAAGAAGUUUGAGGAAGCUGUUAGACUGCGUGGCAGGAGCUUUGAAAACAACUUAAACACAUACAAGCUUCUGUCUUACCGGAAAGCAGACUCUGAACUUCCAAAUAGCACCUUCAAUGUGGCAGUGCUGAACGUGGGCGCCCCCGCUGCCGGCAUGAACGCUGCCGUUCGCUCCGCCGUGCGAGUAGGCAUCACCGAGGGCCACAAGAUGUUCGCCGUCAACGAUGGCUUCGAAGGCUUCUACAAGGGACAGAUUAAGGAGAUUAAAUGGGGAGACGUAGGCGGCUGGACCGGCCAAGGAGGAUCCAUACUCGGGACAAAAAGAACCCUUCCAGCAAAGCAUACUGAGAAGAUUGCUGAGCAAAUGAGGAUACAUAAUAUCAACGCGCUACUCGUCAUUGGUGGAUUUGAGGCCUAUCUGGGACUGAUGGAGCUGUCUGCAGCCAGGGAGAAAUACAAUGAGUUCUGUGUCCCUAUGGUCAUGGUGCCGGCCACAGUCUCCAACAAUAUACCUGGCUCUGACCUCAGCAUUGGCGCAGACACGGCUCUGAAUGCCAUUACUGACGCCUUUGAGUGUCUGCUGCAGCUCUAUGAGGCCCGGGCCAGCCACCAGGAGUUUUGCAUCCCGAUGUGUAUGCUGCCCGCCACCAUUAGUAACAAUGUACCAGGCACCGAUCUGAGUAUCGGGGCUGACACCUCGCUCAAUGCCAUCGUGGAGACCUGUGACCGCAUCAAGCAGUCAGCCAGUGGGACCAAGCGCCGUGUGUUCAUCAUUGAGACCAUGGGCGGCUACUGUGGCUACCUGGCCAGUGUGGGGGGGCUGGCGGCAGGGGCGGACGCUGUCUACAUUUAUGAGGAGCCCUUCGACAUCAGAGACCUGCAGUCCAACGUUGAGCACUUGACGGAGAAAAUGAAGACCAGCAUUCAGAGGGGCUUGGUGCUGAGGAACGAGAACUGCAAUGAGAACUUCACCACAGACUUCAUCUACCAGCUGUACUCGGAGGAGGGGAGAGGCGUGUUCGACUGCAGGAAGAACGUGCUCGGACACAUGCAGCAGGGAGGUGCACCCUCUCCAUUUGACAGGAACUUUGGAACUAAGAUUGCAGCGAAAGCCAUACAGUGGAUCUCGAGAAAGCUCAAGGAGUCCUAUCAAGAAGGGAAGGUGUUCACUAACUCAGAGGACACGGCCUGCCUGCUGGGCAUGCGGCGCAGAGCCAUGGUCUUCCAGCCUGUGGUGCAGCUCAGAGAUGAGACAGACUUUGUCCACAGGAUCCCUAAGGAGCAGUGGUGGCUGAAGCUGCGUCCUCUGAUGAAGAUCCUGGCCAAGUACAAGACCAGCUACGACGUCUCAGACUCUGGCCAGCUGGAACAUGUGACCCGCAUCCGUCCCAAAGAGAGCGACACCUCCGCCAUCUAAACCAGAUCCAGGCCACAGCCAGUACCAGGCCACAACCAGGACCAGGCCACGACCAGGACCAGACCAACCCUAACCUUGAUGGAAGUCCCAGAGUGUGGGUUAAUGAGUUAGCCAGAUUGCAAAUUUUCCAAAGUAGCUAGAAAUAUUGCACUAGUAGUACAUUAAGGAAGAUCAUUGGGUAUUUGACUGUUACCUACCUACACCUACAACAACCUGCAUUCUAGCUUUCCAAAA